CCCAUCAUCAUCUCCACACCUUGUGUGUUGUGGUGACAGUGCUCAACGCAGGUGUUACGCACACACGUAGCUACAAACAGCUGAUCAGCCAUACACAUGCGGUAUUAGCCCCUCAACAGUGAGCUGCCCAGUGAUCUGUAUGUGUGUGUGUGAGAACUGCGCGUGUAACAUCCUCUUGUAAAACACACAACCAUUUCUCUCAAAAUGAAGUCACAUGUUCAUUGGGACCAAGUGAUGACUUCUCCAAAUGGAGGUAACGAUGAGUUAUGGAGUAAACAAGGGGAGGCAACCCCGGAAAGUCUGCAACUCUUACCUGAAGCUGUGGUGUUGAAUGGAAACAAUGAAUCACUACCUAGCGACGGCAUUGAUUCCAAGCAUGCCUCCUACGACAUCAACUUUCCAGAUGAUGAAGAAAACUCUCUGCUGGCUGGAAAAUUUGAGAAAGUUCCAAUGAAAGAUUUCCACGCUGAGAUUCGAGCGUUCCGAGAUGUUGAGGACUUCCUUAACAGAACACUGCUUAUCCUUGACCUUCCAACCACCGGGCUCACUCAGAUUGUUGACACCAUGCUCAACAAACUCCAUAGCAACAAAGAGAUUGGAAUGACCUUCACCUUGGAAGAGGCCAGGCUUGCCAUCUUUACACAGAAUUCUGUUCAUUUACUCAGCCGAACCAUACAGGGCACAACCUUCAGUGACGAGUGUGGCUAUCAGAUUGACCAAUCCUGGAUCUGUAUUUUGUGUGAGUUACCUAACCUGACCAAACGCCAUGUUGUGAUAUCCCGCCUCCACCAUCCAGCCAACCUGGGACCGACCAGUCAGGAAAUCCAGUUUGUCAUCCUUGUGAUGACUCCAACAAAGGAGAAAAGUACAAAGACAGCAUUGGAGACUGGACAGACAUUCUCCACGCUGUUCAUGGACAUGGAUUUCCGACACCAGCUCUUGGAGGCCUCCACAGAUCUCGACUUCAAACAGCUGCUGCAGAAAAAAACCAAACUGCUAAUUGAGCAUCAAGGCCUACCAGAGAAUCGCAAGUCUCACCUCGUGUUAAACUCGUCUCCAUUUGAUGACGACGAUGAGGGCAACCGCAGGUGUAAUAUAGGCCAGGGGAUUUAUCAAGAUUUGAAGCGCCGCCUACCUCACUAUCUGUCUGACUACAAAGAUGGUAUAAUUGGCCACAAGACCCCCCACAAAGUUCUGUCCACUGUUUUCUUCCUGUACUUUGCCUGUGUUCUUCCCAAUAUUGCUUUCGGUAUGCUGAACAACAACAACACUCAUGGAGCCAUAGACAUGCAGAAGAUCCUGUUUUCCCAGUGUUUUGGAGGAGUGCUGUUUAGUGUGUUCGGGGGUCAACCUCUCAUUGUCCUUCUCACCACAGCCCCAUUGGCUCUCUACACCAAACUGAUCUACAAUAUUUGUGAGGAUUUUGAUCUGAACUUCUACGCCAUGUUUGCUUGUGUGGGACUAUGGAAUGCAUUCUUUCUGUUCAUUUAUGUAUUCCUAAACCUCAGCAAGCUGAUGAAGUAUUCUUCAAGAUCCACGGAGGAGAUAUUUUCCAUGUUCAUCACUUUUGCCUUUUCUGCUGAUGCCAUUAAAGACACUUUAAAAGAUUUUAACAAAAAUUACCACACUCCCGCAUGUGAGGGAGGUUCACAUCCAGCCGUCCAAUCAGGAGCCACUUUUAACAGUAGUGUUGCUAACCUGACUAACACCAUGACAACUUUAAUCAUGGAUACUGUUACUAACGACAGCACCACCCCGAGCCAUAUCCAAAGUGUUGGAGAGUGUCUAAGGGAGAACAGUGUACUGUUUCUCUUACUAAUGCUUGGUACAGUGUGGACAGGACUCACACUGUAUAACUUCACAAAAACGCCAUUCCUAAAUGCAAGUAAGCGUGAGAUGUUAGCAGACUAUGCACUUCCUGUUGCUGUAAUCCUCAUGUCUAUUUUUGGAUCUAUUGUCUUCAGGGAUAUCAAAUUAAAACCAUUUGAAUACAAGCCUGCUGAAAGCCUGUUUAGGUUAGCACCUCUCCACACACUGCCAGCAUCAGCUGUAUUUGCAGCAGCAGGACUUGGCUUUAGUCUCUCUCUCCUGUUCUUCAUGGAUCAAAACAUAUCCAGUGCCCUCGUCAACACACCUUCAAACAAGCUCAAAAAGGGAUCUGCUUACCACUGGGAUCUGUUUGUGGUAGCUGUCCUCAAUGCUGUGCUGUCUAUCUUCACCUUACCGUGGAUCCACGCUGCACUGCCCCACUCUCCCCUCCACGUGAAGGCUCUGGCUGACCUUGAGGAUAGGAUAGAGCAAGGUCAUGUCCAUCAGGUAGUCGUCCAUGUUCGGGAGACACGCCUAACCGGGAUUAUCUCACAUGUGAUGAUUGGCCUGUCCAUGUUCCUGCUGCCCUACCCAAUGGCCUACAUCCCCCGUCCAGUUCUAGAUGGACUCUUCCUGUAUGUGGCAAUCACAGCUCUCAAUGGCAACCAGAUGUUUGACCGCAUCCUUCUUCUCUUUACAGAGCAGGCUGCUUACCCUCCUAACCACUAUGUGCGUCGAGUACCCCAGAGGAAGGUCCAUUUGUUCACAGCUAUACAAAUGAUCCAGCUGUUUGUCCUCUGUAUUUUUGGUUUCUCACCCAUUCCCUACAUGAAGAUGGUCUUCCCUAUCCUUCUCAUGGUGCUUAUGCCAAUUAGACACAAACUUGUUCCCAAACUCAUCGAGCCCAAAUACCUGAAGGCCUUGGAUGGACACUGAAUGGAGGAGACCUGAAUGGAGGUGACCUUUACAUGACCUUGAAUACCACAGGAAAUUACCAUAGUUUGACCUUGAGUGUCACAUUAGAUGACCAAAUGACGAAUACGUUCCCUAGUUGACCUCAGUUUGACCUAUGAUGUCACAAUGGAUGGUGGGGAGGAUGACUGACUCAUUGGAGAGAUAACAAGGAUGUCUCUGUGAUAGAACAUAUUGUAACUGGUGCCAAAUUGAAAAUAAAGUCAUCACAUGUAAAACAUACUACAGCGUGUUACUACCAUGAACUGUUUAUGACAAAUCAAAUUUCAGAAAUAUUUUAAGAUGGGUUUUUUAAAUACAAACAUUUCAAAUGUCUUGAAAAUUAAGAAUGAUUAAGUCCUUUGUAGAACAAAAUUUGGUUUCUGGACUAGUGUGACUAGUGUGUGACUAGUGUGACUAGUGUGUGACUAGUGUGACUAGUCAAUUAAGGUGUCAUACAGGUUUAUCCCUGUAUACAUCAAUAGAACCUUCCCUUACCAUAACACGACAGGGAAGUCACAACCCGGGGGGUGAUAUGCUUGAUUGUUUAAUCCGAGACUUUUGGUUUGAAGCUGAGGGUUAGAUAUUGAAGGAUCUCACUGUGAGAUUUCUCUGGUAUACCAUCACCUUAAUGGAUGAUUCUCUUUCUCCCAUCCUUUUCAUACUGUAUUAAAGAAAAUGGAUUUCGGCAUUUAUUACUGUUUUACCCUGAUAUGCACAUGACAUCUCCUGUUCAUAACUGAUUGUGAUGUCGUAUUCAUUGUUCAUUGUAAUCUUUCCCUACUGUUUCUGUCAUAAAUAGGAGUGAAAGAGGCACACUGAAUAGGUGAAAUGAGAGACAAUUCUGUAAACGUGGGAAAAGUGGUGAUCUGUACCUGUAUGCUCAUUCAUACCUGUAAAAAGGCAGGUUUUAUGGUGACAAUAACACACCUGUAUGGUAAAGUUGAAGAACAAUUUUAAACCUGUCUGGGUGAAGGUGACAUGCCAGUAUGAUAAAGGUGACACACCUGUAUGUUUAGGUGUACCUGUGUGGUGAUGCACCAUCAGUAUGACAUACAUUUGUACCUGUGUGAUGAUGACACCUAUAUCUUACCUAUAACAUGACACACCUGUAGUAUGUUCUCACCUGUGCUCUAGUAUACCAUAGUACACCAGCCAAUGCAACGAGUCCCCUGGUUGGGACACCUUCACACACCUCUUACUACUUGCAGUAGUAUUAGGUACAUGUACUCUAUAUAUUCACACAGAAUCAAAACUGUAUCUACACAUUUUAUGAUAUGCACACUGUUUUGUACCAAUUUAUAAGCAAGUUGUUGACAACAUCUGUAAAUACAUACAUUUUAUGAUCAUUCAUCAUAACAUUACAGCUUCAGUUCAAUUUAGGACAUUUAAUAUGGGAUACACGUUCAUAUUAUUUGAGCCAGAAUUCUGUAUGUUGGGCCUUUGCAAAUAAUUCAAGAGUUAAAUGACUGCAUACGUUUGUUGUCUCUAAAAAGAACCACUGAUUCUAUGAGGUUUCCACAGUAUGGUGUCCUGUUACAGGCCUCGCCCUAGAAAUAUAUAUAUAUAAUGCAAUUAUCACAGAAUGUUUGUAAUAACCGUUAUGUUUUCUGAAAGUUUAUCACAGUUGUAUUUGUAUAUUUGUUUACCAGGUGCGAGACAUUCCAGUGGGGUAUGCUGCACGAUAUAUAUGUAUUGGGGUAACUCAUGAUUAAUCUGAGUGUCCCAUGUAAGGGAAUUUAUCUAGUUCCUGUACUGGAAAAUAAACUAAAUAUGUUUAUCUACAAAUUGUGUUGUGACAUGCUUCAAAGCAUUAUUCCUAAAGAGCCUAGUUGUUGCCUAUUUUCUGAUGUAACACUCAGAUCUCAUUCCGACUGGUUAACAGAUUGUGUGUUAACUGUGUAGAAUUGUAUCUCUACCGUACAUGUCAAUAUCCGACGUCGAAGAUAACAUAACUUUGUUGUAGGGAAAAUACAUCCAUAAGCGUUUAGUGUAAAUUGUCUUUUUCAUUAUAGUGGAUUCAAAAGGUAUGUAACAAAAGUCUGAACUAAUUACAAGUACAUAAGUUGAGGCUCUGCUUCAUUGGAUUGAAAUGACUUCAUCAAUUUAAGUUUUACUGAAAAUUGUGGAGAUUCAUUCUUAUGCACCAUCUGCCAUGUAAAAUACAUGUAUGAUAUAAACUGCCAAGUUGGUGGAAUAUGAAAAUAUCAGCAAGCAUAUGUUGCUUUUCCAAUAUAUUUGUUUAAAGGAUCCAAGUUAUGUUAUUAGCCAAAAUGCAUAGUCUGAACUAGGUUUCAGAACUCUUAACCCUUUCCUGCUGCCUAUGCCAUAUCUUUCAACGGAUGACUUUUUGAUAUUUCGUAAAAUAUGCAUAUUCAUGAUUUGAUUUAAACAUAAUUUAUAAUUUUUAUUUGCAUCUACAUGUAAUAUACAAAAGGGAUUGGGCACAAGUUGUCCAACUUAUGUAAAGCCCUUUCCCAUAUUCAUGAAAAGUCACAAACAUCCAUUAUUGUUUUCUUUCCCCUCUCAGUAAUAAAGCAGACAGCUGCUGAGAUAAACUGGCCAGUUGAUAUAUACGAUUGUAUUUUCAAAAUUCAAAAAUUGAUUUUGUGAAAGAUAUGGCAGUAUUGUUGUUCCAUGAUGUCUGCCAUGUACAAUGAAUGCUGUACAUACAUGACUUCUUGUAACACACUUUGUAUGUCUGAGAGUAUUAAAAUCUUGAAUGUUGCUUUAUUAUACCAAUUUAAACCAGCAUCUUCAGAGUAAAACCCUGUUAUUUUGUCAUUUUUCCAGUGAAAUAUUAACAUUAUAAGGUUGUUAGGAUUUGGUAAUACACCAAAGGAAACAAAGGAAUUCACGAGAAAUAAAGAACAAGAGACUUUAACAUGUGUUGGUGAUGAGCUUUAUGUUUUAAUACAAUGAGGUCAGGCAUUAUAUUAAGGUUUUACUGUAUAUAUUUCUUGUAGUUUUAUACAUGUAAAUAACUACAGCUAUUGUGCCAAAUAGCAUAUCUGCAUAGAAGAGUGUUUUAUUAAAAAAAAAAAAAAAUAUUGCCAUUUUCCCAGUGUGCUAAAAUAGAUUACUGUUCUUGUACAUGUGAUGACUGUAUAUUUUUAGUACCAAAGAUAUAGGUUGAAGGUUAAAGAACUUAUAUUCAUAUAACAUACUCCUAUAGAAAUAGAAAGCUAUAUUUAUAAAGGUCAUUAACAGAUCUGUGAUGUACUGUUUAGUAAUACAUUGUAAACAAUAUAUUAUUGAUUUUCAGUUAUAUAUGUUUACAUGUCAGAUAAUUAUACAAGAUAUACAAGAACUAAACCAAAGAUAAGUAAAAUCUACCAUUUACAGAUUAUACUACCUGAUUAGGACCGAUAGUUUCUCCUAAGCACUAACACAAAGUUAGUUGAUUAUAUAUAAGAUACCAUUAUAUUUCCAUCUAGAAAAUAAAAAGCUUUACCACAAUCAGCACUUUUCAAUAAAAAUAAAUUCAUUUGACAGACAAUCAUGAAUCCUAUUCGGAGAUAAAUGAUUUAGGUGAAGCUUGAAUACAUAUUAUAUAGCGACCUGUGUAUUAUCUACCCUAUAAAAAUGAUAAAAUUCAUAAAAACUAUGAUAUUUGUAUUUUUGAUGACACUCGGGAAGUGAUCAUGCUAAUUUCUUUAAAACAUGUAGGGGAGAUAACUGAUGCAAAUCAGGCAAGAUUGUUUUUCUCAAUUUUCAGACAAGUUCGUUGUUUAUAUUCUUUUUAUUUUCAGGAAGUGAAAGGUCCAAAUCAACGUUGUUCUGCAUUGUAAGAAAAUGAUGGUACAAUGCUUUCUAUUUAAUAGUUCAUUUGUAUUAACUUGAUUUAUAAAGUACAUUCCUAUUAUAAUAUACGUUACAUUCAGUGUCAGAACUGCUAGUAUAUCCUGUUCACUGUGGGCAGUAUUACUAUCUAGUUUGUAAUAUUGAUUUUAUUUUCUAAAACAGGAGAUCUGUGAUAGCAACGUACUAUAGUACCGUACAUCUUGCUGUCCCUUCAGAAGUGAUUAGAGCAUGUCCAUGAAGCUUGUCACCUUUUUUUUCCUAACAUUUUGUAAAGUGCACCUUAUUCUUAUAUUAAUCCAUGACAUUUUGGUGGUAGCCUAUGUUACAGAACUGAUCAUCAGGGUAGGGUAACUAUAUAACCACAUCCCCAUUACAAUCUGAUCAGAAUAAUUUCAGCUUUCAUUUGCUUGUACAUAGUAAUUCUCAAUAUGAUGUAUUAUGAUUUUUUUGCAAAUAGACAACAUCUAACAAGGAAGUUAGAAAGAAAUCAAACACUACAAUCAAGACAUGUAAUACAUGUACAAUGUAAUAUUUUUCUCUACAACAUUCAAAGAAAACAAGACAAAUAGAAGACUCUUUGGGGCAUUCAAUAGAAAUAUUUACAAUAAACCUACCAUCACUUUCACUGUCAGCUUGUUGAAUGGGACCAUUAACAUGUGUCAACUCAUUGACCCCUGAAGUUCCAUAGUGAACUAUUCCAACCUUUGAAUUGGAAGGGGACAAAUGUGUCUUCAGGAGUGAAUGAGUUAACAGUGCUUUAUCCUUGUUUUAACAAAAUCUUAGCUUGUGAAUUUGUCUCAAAAUAAGCCUGUUGUGAUUAUAUACUCUUAAGAGAAAUAUUUUGCUACCAUCACUGGUAACCACAAUACAAAAUCAUUUACUGUAUAUUAUAUUGUUUAUGGUAUAUAUCAGUAUCAGGUAUGUACGAGUCGAGAAGCUAGGGUCGGUAAAUAAGGUAGUAGUGUCCUGGUCAAGGGUAGAUCUAGGCUUGGUCAUCAAGGUUUGUCCUUUGUAACCCUGGUUUGGAUUUGCAUAAACAGGCAUGCCAUCCCAUUUCAGAUUUGUUUCCCCAAAAUUUGGAAUAUGGACACCAACCAACCCAUGUGAAUUAAAAUUCUUGGAUGUGUGCCCAAUGGUGAACAAAUAUUAAUUACUGGUAUGUCCUGUUUUAAGUUGCAGAGUAUAACUGUUUGUUUAAUGAUUGUAUAAAUCUAGCAAGUCUGCACAAUACCAUUACAAGCACAUCAGUCUGUGAUUUUUAUUUGUUGGUUAUAUUUUGUUAAUGUUCUUAACCAAUAAAAAUAUUUUCUGAAAGCAAA